AUGGAUCGAAGCUGGAUGAAUGAGGGUCGCAUAAGUGAAGAGUAUGAAAAGGGGGUUUCUGAGUUUUUGCAAUAUGUUCAAGAACACGCAAUCUCAAGUAACGGGACAUAUUUUUGUCCUUGUGUUCGUUGUCUUAAUCAAAUACGUCAUGACUUAGGAACAAUGCGUGAUCAUCUAUUCAUCUUUGGUAUAAUGAGAAGUUAUACACUUUGGACUUGGCAUGGAGAAGUAUUAGACAAGCCUACAACGUCACGAGGAACAGAUUAUGUAGACGACUGGAUGAAUGAUCAUUUAGAAGAUAUGGUACGUGAUGUUGGGGAGGAGAAUUUUGGAAAAGUUCAUUUAUAUGAUUCUCUUAAGUCCGAUUCAGAGGAACAAUUGUACCCAGGAUGCACUAACUUUACGCGACUGUCAGCAACUUUGAAAUUAUUCAGUUUAAAAGCAAGGCAUGGAUGGACGGAUACAAGUUUCACAGAAUUGUUGGAGUUGUUAAAGGAGAUGCUUCCAGAAAAUAACACGUUACCUAUCCGUAAUUACGAAGCGAAGAAAGUUUUAUGUCCAAUGGGUUUGGAAUAUCAAAAGAUACAUGCAUGCCCAAAUGAUUGUGUUUUAUACAGAGACGAGUUUGCUUCACUGAAGGCGUGUCCAACAUGUGGUUUAUCGCGGUUUAAAAAGAAAAUUGAUGGAAAUAGUGGCGAUGAAGACAAAGAUGGUCCACCUGCUAAGGUGAUAUGGUACCUUCCUAUAAUUCCUAGAUUCAAACGACUAUUUUCCAUUAAAGAAGAUGCAAAAAACCUGAAAUGGCACGUUGAUGGAAGAAAGUGUGAUAAUCUUCUUCGACACCCAGCAGAUUCUCCACAAUGGAAGAAGAUUGAUGAAACAUUUCCAGAAUUUGGUGCUGAGCCAAGAAACUUAAGACUUGGACUUGCUACAGAUGGUAUGAAUCCUUAUGGGAACUUAAGUAGCAAACAUAGUUCAUGGCCAGUUUUGCUGAUGAUUUACAAUUUAUCUCCUUUGUUGUGCAUGAAGAGGAAAUAUAUGAUGUUGUCUAUGAUGAUAUCGGGUCCUAGACAACCUGGAAAUGACAUUGAUGUGUACCUAAAGCCGUUGAUCGAUGAUUUGAAACUAUUAUGGGAAGAAGGUGUCGAUGUGUAUGAUUCAUAUUCUGAAGAAUUGUUUUGUUUGCGUGCAAUGUUGUUUUGCACCAUAAAUGAUUUUCCAGCAUAUGGAAACUUGAGCGGUUACAGUGUUAAAGCAUUUAAUGGAAGUCCUGAGGAUGAAGUUGUAGCGAGACCCCGCAAUGGUGAAGAAAUAUACAACCAAGUGGAAAACAUUGACAUUGUGUUUGGGAAACAUCCAAAGAAAAAGACCACGGAAAAAAGCAUUUGGAAGAAACGAUCAAUCUUCUUUAAUCUUCCAUAUUGGUGUAAACUUGAUGUACGACAUUGUAUAGACGUGAUGCACAUUGAAAAAAAUGUAUGUGAUAGCGUCAUCGGGACUUUACUAAAUGUAAAAGGAAAGACUAAAGAUGGAGUUAAAGCACGACAAGAUUUGGCUGAAAUGGGCAUCCGUUCUGAGUUACAUGCACAAUCAAUUGGAAGACGAACCUACCUGCCUCCAGCUUGUCACACUCUUUCUAGAAAAGAGAAGCAAAUUUUUUGUGAGUGUUUAAGAAGUGUGAAGGUUCCCCAAGGUUACUCUUCAAAUAUUAGUAGCCUUGUUUCUAUGCAAGAUUUAAAGUUAGUCGGUUUAAAGUCUCACGAUUGUCAUGUGUUGAUGCAACAACUUUUACCAGUAGCUUUUCGAGCCAUCUUACCUACUUCUGUCAGAGGUAUUCUAACACGUUUGUGUAUGUUCUUCAAUGCCAUAUGCAAGAAAGUUAUUGACCCUCGAGUGUUAGACGAUUUGGAAAAUGAGGCCAUUAGACUAUUGUGUCAAUUGGAAAUGUAUUUUCCACCUUCAUUUUUCGAUAUCAUGGUUCAUUUGAUAGUUCAUCUUGUGAGGGAAAUUCGAUUAUGUGGGCCAGUUUUCUUGAGAUGGAUGUACCCAGUGGAAAGAUACAUGAAGAUCUUAAAGGGAUAUGUCAAGAAUCAGUAUCGACCAGAAGCUUCUAUUAUAGAGCGGUACAUUGCAGAAGAAGCCAUUGAAUUCUGCUCAAGUUAUAUGCCAAGUUGUGAACCAAUUGCAGUUCCUAAGACUAGACAUGAAGGUAAAUGUGAAGGUAAGGGUGUGCGUGGAGUGAAGAUUCAAAGUGUUAGUAGAAAAUUAGUUGAUCAAGCCCAUUUGUACAUCUUAAACAACACUGUAGAUGUCAUUCCUUACAUAACGCAACACAUUGAUGAAACGAAAUCAGCACAUCCACGAAUGAGUGAAAAAUGGGCACUUAAUGAACAUAACAAAACAUUCUUAUCAUGGUUUAAGAAAAAGGUUUACGCGACUCCAAAUGUUUCUGAAACUCUAUUGAGGCUAGCUCGUGGACCGAACAAUGAUGUCAUUACAUAUGGCAGGUACUACAUAAACAAUCAUUGUUUUUAUUCAAAGAUGGAAGAUGACAAAAGUAGAGUUCAAAAUAGUGGGGUUACACUUCAAGCUGAAUCUGUACAUUUUGCCAGUUCUAAGGACAAGAAUCCAGUUACAGCAUCCAUGAGUUACUUUGGAAUAAUACAUGAAAUAUGGGAAGUUGAUUAUGUGACUUUUAGAGUGCCAGUUUUCAAGUGUAAAUGGGUUGAUAGUAAUUCGGGUGUUAGCACAGAUGACUUUGGCUUUACUUUGGUGGAUCUUAACAAGAUGAGUGAUACAAAUGAACCAUUUAUUAUGGCUAGUCAAGCAAGACAAAAUUUUUAUGUCAUUGAUCCAGCCAAUCAGAAAUUGUCAGUUGUAUUGGAAGGAAGAAACAUGCACGUAAAUGAUGAUGAAGAUUGUCUAGACAUACUUGAGACAACGUCUUUCUCAUCAAGAACCAUUCAAGACAAAGUUGAUGAUGUAACUGAUGACAUCCAUGCUAUUCGAAGUGAUCACAAUGAAGGUAUGACAAGCUCCGGAUCAGACCAGGAGGGACCUGGUAGAUCUGUGACUCGGUUGUCGGAUGUCACAAACCGACGAGAGAGGAUGCCGGUCCACAUUGAUCCUCGAUCGGGUGAACCCAGUGGCCCUUGGGAAAAAAAGUACUGUAGCUACAUAGGAAUGUUGGCCAAAACGAAAGUUUCUAUUGCAAUUGCAUGUUGGGAUGACGUCGCGGAGGUCGAGAAGAACCUCCUAUGCACAAAUUUGAGAUUACUCCGAACACUGAGCGAAUUAGAAAGAAAAUCUUAUCUCACAUAG